AUGGCGAUGGCGUAUGCAACCUCAUCGUCUGUGAUGUUCGGAGCCUCACAGAACAACAGGUCUCCAGUUCUCUUCGGGUUUUCAACAAUGGCAGCAUCAGCCUCCUCCCCAAAGCACAUCAUCGGAGCUCGAACCAGUCGGAACUUUCAGAUUCGCUGCGAAGAACAGAAAGUUCAACAACGGACACUUGCACCUGUUGAGCAGCGUUGGAUGUUUACCGAUUCCGAUUUCAAAGGACCGGAUGUAUGGAACAAAACAUGGUACCCUAAAGCUGAAGACCAUGUGAACACAGAAAAGACAUGGUAUGUUGUUGAUGCAACUGAUAAAAUUCUUGGAAGAAUGGCAUCAGCUAUAGCAGUUCACAUACGUGGGAAGAAUCUUCCAACCUAUACUCCUAGUGUAGACAUGGGAGCAUUUGUAAUUGUGGUGAAUGCUGAGAAAGUUGCUGUUUCGGGUAAAAAGAGGCUACAGAAACUUUACAGGAGGCAUUCAGGAAGACCAGGUGGAAUGACAGUGGAAACUUUUGAUCAACUUCAACAGAGGAUUCCUGAAAGGAUUAUUGAGCAUGCUGUUCGUGGGAUGCUUCCUAAAGGAAGGCUUGGACGAGAUUUGUUUACUCAUCUUAAGGUGUACGAAGGACCCGAUCAUCCGCAUCAAGCACAAAAGCCCAUAGAUUUGCCGAUAAGAGACAAAAGGAUACAAAAACAAACCUAGAUUCCAUGUCUUUUUUUUUUGCAAAUUAAAUGUUGAACUUACCUUCUAAUUAAAUGCAAAAAAGAUUAUUUUUUGAGCAAAA